AUGGCUACGUGGGCGGGGACCGAGGUUUCGGCGCUGAACCCGCUGCGCGCCCUUUGGCUCACGCUGGCGGCCACCUUCCUACUGACCCUGCUGCUGCAGCUCGUGCCGGCCGGCCUGCUUCCGGGCUGUGCGUUCUUCCAGGACCUGAUCCGCUAUGGGAAAACCAAGGAAGGGGCGCCGCCGCGCCCGGCCGCCUGCCGGGCCUUUGAUGUUCCCAAGAGGUAUUUUUCGCAUUUCUACAUCAUCUCAGUGCUGUGGAACGGGUUCCUGCUCUGGAGCCUCACUCACUCUCUGGUCACGGGAGCGCCUUUUCCAAACUGGCUUCAUGGUCUGCUCAGAAUUCUUGGGACUGCGCAGUUCCGAGGGGGCGAGCUCGCGCUGUCUGCGCUGCUGGUGCUGGCGUUUCUGUGGCUGCACAGCCUGCGAAGGCUCUUUGAGUGCCUCUUCGUCAGCGUCUUCUCCAAUGCCGUGAUCCACAUCGUGCAGUACUGGUUUGGCCUUGUCUACUAUAUCCUUGUCGGCCUCACGGUGCUGAGCCAAGUGCCCAUGGACGGCAGGAACGUCUAUGUGAUAGGGAAGAAUCUCUUGAUGCAGGCUCGGUGGUUCCACAUCCUCGGAAUGAUGAUGUUCAUCUGGUCAUCUGCCCAUCAGUAUAAAUGUCAUGUCAUUCUCAGCAAUCUCAGGAAAAACAAAGCAGGAGUGGUCAUUCACUGUAACCACCGAAUCCCUUUUGGAGACUGGUUUGAAUACGUCUCUUCCCCUAACUACUUGGCGGAGCUGAUGAUCUACAUUUCCAUGGCUGUCACCUUCGGCUUCUACAACUUAACUUGGUGGCUCGUGGUCACGUAUGUCUUCUUCAGCCAGGCCCUGUCUGCUUUCCUCAGCCACAAAUUCUACAAAAGCAAAUUCAUCUCCUACCCGAAGCAUAGGAAAGCUUUCCUGCCAUUUCUGUUUUAA